AUGUCGUCAAGAUCAGUUUGCCAUUCAAAGUCACCAUCUUCUCUUCUUCAAUCAAUGUUCUUUUGGAGUGGUGCCCUUCUUCCUCUUCCUUCCAUUGCUCUCUAUAUUUUAACACCGGGUGGUACUGUGAAACAUUUCAACGGGGAAGUAACCCCAACAUCUAAAUUUUGGUGCUCUGUUGCUGCUUCUGGAGAUGCAGCAAUCUCUGCAUUGUGUUGGCAUGUGCUGUUAAUGAAGAAUCGAGAAUCAGAAAUGGGUGAAGAGGUGAAACGUUUGGUCAUUCGAGUUAAUUGGAUUUAUGGUUUGUUCCAUUUUGGUGCCUUUUGGUUUUGGCACAUGAAGGGAGAAAAGCACAAGAAUCCUUGGUUUUAUCCAUUGUCACUUGCAAUUUCAACAGCUGCUUUGUUGGCGUGGGGGUUAUGA